CGAGGGCGGUGAAGGAGCCAGUGCCAGAGAGGGAGCCUGCAGCAGGGAGAGGCGGGGAAGGACCGCUCAUCCCUCGGGUACCGCAGCCACCCAGACAGAGGAACAGGGAAACCCAUCCGCAGGGAAGAAGGCUCUGCAGAAGGCAGGGACCCAGCGGGUACUGAAAGGAGCCUGCAGCCUCUGUGUCAUCCUCUUUCUCCUCCUCCUCCAGCUGCCCAGAGGGACCAUGCCAGGCCUCUACACCCUCUUGUCCUGGGAGGCUCUGCCCCUGAAGAGCUCCACAGUGAAGGCUUGUGCCAACGGAUACUCCCUGAGCAUCACUGCUCACCUCACGUACACCAACCCCCACAAGGAGCCUGUGGAAGGCAUCUUCAUCUACCCUCUGGAGGAGUCGGAGGUGGUGGCCGGCUUUGAGGCAGCAGUGGGCAGCCGGCGGGUGACAUUCCAGGUCCAGAACCGGCAGCGGGUGCAGGACUGCUGCCUCCAGUGCAGCCCCAGCCCCGGCCGGCUGCGCCGCUGUGCCAGUGGCCACCUUGUCUUGGAUGAGGACGUGGAGCGCUCCACCUUCAUCAUUGUCACUGGCACGCUGUGCCCGUCGGAGAGCCUGGCCAUCACCCUGAACACAGUGCAGGAGCUGCCCACGCUGCCAGACGGGGCCCUGCGCCUCCUCCUGCCCCCCAUCCUCACGCCCCAUGUCCCCGCCGACCCCGAGAGCGAGCCGGCAAGCUUGUGUGACGACAGGUUGGCCCUAUGCCCCACCAGCUGUUUUGGGGGGCCAGGUGCCCGGAGCCAGUCACCCACUGUGGUACCUGUGGAGAGCGUGGAUGUCUUUCGGGGACGACCCUACAACCCUUUUCCUUACGAGUUCAACUUCGAGCUGCUGGUGAAGGGCCCCUGCUUGCUGGCAGGGCUGGAGAGCCCAUCACAUGCCCUGAGAGCUGACGCUGACCCCUGGGCCAGUUCUGCCACCACCACCUGUGUCACCCUAGCUGAGCCCCACCACUGUGACAGGGACCUGGAGAUCAUCCUCUACCCUUGUGAGCCCCACAGCCCCCACCUGGUGAUUGAGGAUGGCACCAUGACAUACCCCGAGUACGAGGCACACAUCCGGAGCCGCCGGGAUUACGCGCGGAUUGCCAGGAAGGACAGCAGUGGCGAGAGACAGGUGGCUUUCGUGCAGAAGCGUUUCCACAAAGACAUCUUCCCCAACCCCGUGCUGAUGCUGAACUUCUGCCCGGUUGUGGAGGGCGUCCCCGGGGACCUGCAGAGCGUCACCCGUGAGAUCCUCUUCCUCAUUGACCGCAGCGACACCAUCAGUGGCCCUGACCUUGACAAGGUCAAGGAGGCUUUGCUAGUGGCCCUGAAGAGCCUCCCUUCAGGAACGCUGCUCAACCUCGCCAGCUUCGGUGCUGACAUCAAGCCGCUCUUCCCAUCCAGUCGCCUCUGCAGCAACGAGACCUUGCGGCGUGCCUGCGAGCACCUCGGCGGGCUGCGGGCGGACCCUGGCGGCACCAACCUGCUGGCAGCCCUGGGCUGGGCGCUGGCACAGCCCCUCCACCACGGCUACCCUCGCCAGCUAUUCCUCUUCACCGGUGUGGCAGUGGGCAACGCAAGCAGGAUCCUGCGGCUGGUGCGCAGGCAGGCCAGCACCGUCAGGUGCUUCAGCUUUGGCAUGGGCCCGCGGCCGUGCCGGCGGCUGCUGAAGGCUGUGGCCAAGGUGAGCCGGGGCCGUGCGGAGUUCCUGAGUCCGGCCGAGAGGCUGCAGCCCAAGCUGAUCAAGUCCCUGAAGAAGGCGAUUGAGCCAGCCAUCAGCGACAUCACCAUCGACUGGUACGUCCCUGACAGUAUGGAGGCUCUGCUCUCACCCACCGAGCUCCCGGCCCUCUACCCCGGUGACCGCCUCAUCAGCUACUGUGUCCUCUACAGCAUUGCCCGCUUUGGUGGCAGGCGCCCGCUGGGCCCGGAAGGAGCUCGGCAGAGCUCCCGGGGUUCAGCCUUUCUCUCCCAGCAGGAAGUGCCCAGUCCUGGGGAGAGCCACCAGCCAUCCCAGAGCAACCCAGGAACUGGGGAUGCCUCCCUGGAGCUUUUUGCUGGAAGUACAGAGGUGUCAGAGAGGAGUAUUGAUCCUGUUUCUGGAGGAGACAUCUGGAAGCGGAUUUACCAGCCCUCCUACAUCCAGGAGCAGUACGUCCUGACACACUGUUCUGUCAGCACUGACCGCAGCCAGGGGCUGCUCUCCCGCAGCUCCACCAGCAGCGAGUCCACUGGCUCCCGGGAUGUGGCCCCCGAGGGUGGCUCCUCGGCUCCUGGUGCUGAUGUCACCUCCCAGCAGGGCCAGAAGAGCCUGUCCCUCUGUGAGUCCUCCACCAAAUCUGCCCCACUGCCCUCUGCCCCAGCUGGCACCAAGGUCACAGUGGCCCUGAGCACAGAGGAGCUGGCACGGCAGAAGAAGGCACUGGCACGUGCUGCCUUGGCUGGGCGCAGCUUUUCCACGCCACACGGGGAGCUGGAUGCCCAUCGGCUCUGCCAGGCCUUGGAAAAGGUGUCACAGAAGAGGAACCAGUCCCUGGAGGGGCGGCUGGAUGAGCUGGGACCCCAACCACGGCAAAUGCAGCCCAGCGCAGGAGAGUCAAAUAACCUCCUCUCGCCCACCCACCUGGACUGGGACAUGCUGGUGGAGCCCUCCUACCUCUUCAGUGCCUCGCCAGCGCCCGAGCAGGGGCAGCCCAGCCUGGAUGAUGCCAGCAUGCCCCUGCGCUGCCAGGUGGUGAUCCAUGCACUGCGAGCAGGCAAGCCCGUGUCCUGGGAAGUGACAGCCUCGCUGGAGUCACUGCUGCAGCCCCGGGAGGGGCCGGGCAGGGAGGACCCAUCGCGGCGGGUGGCCAAAGCCUGGGACAAGCCGCUGCAUCGCCUGGCAGCGCGCUCCGUCGUCCGGGACAAUGAGAGCGUGGCACAGCGAGAAGCCAAGCUGGAGCAGGGUUUUGCCCGUCGGUUCCGCCUGAAAGCCGUGCAAACCAGCAAAGCCUGCAACGUGCCUUCCCUCUACACCCGCCUGGUGCCCGUGGAUGGUGCCACACAGGCAGCCCUACCCGCAGCCCCCGAGGUGUGGGGCAUAGCUGGCUCAGCCAGCCGGACACGAGCUGCUGCAGCAGGGAACUGGCACCACCGGAGCUCCUCAGCGGGUCAGGGACAGCAGCAGGAUGUAGAGGAGCAGGAUGAGGCCCCUGGCGCUGCAGAGCGAGAUGAGAUUCCCAGGUCUCCAGGCAGCAUCUCCUCCCCUACCUUUGGCUGGGAAAAGCGGAACUACUCAAAUGGGCCUCCAUCCAGCCCCUCCACCACUUCCAUGGGCUCCCAGAAAUCCACAGAGAGCACUGCAGGUUCCAGGUUUAGCCUGAGCAGGCGCAGGGGUCCCAGCCUGGUGCUGCGCCCGCAGUGCCUCAGCCCAGAAAGCGAGCGCUCCAGCAACCACGCAAGCCAUGACUACCUCCCGCUGGUGCAGCUGCAGCAAGCCCGGGGGCCGUUCCAGCUCACCGAGAGUUUCUCUGAAGUGGUGCAGAUCCCCUUGGACCGCCUGCGCCGGGCCUCCCCCUAUGCCUCCCACCGUGCCAGCCUCAGCCCUGUGUCCCCAGGGGCCAGAAGCAUGCCUGAGGCAGGACCUGGAGCUGAGGAGGCUCAGGAGCCCAUUGCAGCCCUGCAGCCCAGCUCGCCCACAUCCCGGAGCACUUGCUCCGAGGUGCCCAGCGCAGCCGUGUGGGCGCAGGCGGACAGCGGGCACGGCUCCGAGUCCGACACCGGGCCCCACUCUGCUGCCCCCUCUGAGGCCGGUGUGAGCUGUCAGGACAUGGGGCCAGAGGAUCUGGAGAGUGCCAGCUGGGCCACGGCAGUGGCCUUGGCAUGGCUGGAGCAUCGCUGCGCUGGGUUCUUCGAGGAGUGGGAGCUGGUGGCAGCCAAGGCGGAUGCGUGGCUGCAGGCACAGCGCCUGCCCGAGGGGGUGGACGUGGGCUGCCUCAAAGGGGCAGCCAGGCACUUGUUCCUGCUGCUGCGUCACUGGGACGAGAACAUCAAGCUGAACAUGCUGUGCUACGACCCCAACAACGUCUGAUGGCCGCCCGAGGGGCCAAUAAAGACACCUGGCUCCAA